AUGUCAAGAGAAAGAGUUCCGCCAAUAAGACUGAAGGAUGGCAUGAGAAUACCGAUCAUAGGUUUGGGUACUUAUAAUAUACGGGAUCAGAAAGUGAUGGAUCGAGUGAUAGAAGACGCGGUCGAUGUUGGCUACAGACACAUAGACACGGCGUUUGAGUACAAUAACGAGGGUUUGAUUGGAAAUUCAUUACAAAAACUAUUCGACAAAAAGAAGAUAAAACGAUCCGAUAUUUUCAUAACGAGUAAAGUGUGGAAUACUUACCACAGAAGAAGAAAAGUGGUCGAAGGCAUGAGAGCGUCGAUCAAUAAUCUUGGUUUAGAUUAUUUGGAUUUAGCAUUAGUUCAUUGGCCGAUGGCUUACAGAGAGGGCGAUGAAAAUCACCCAAAACAGGCAAACGGAUCCUCAGCUGAUUUGGACAUAAGUGUUGUCGAGACGUGGAGGGGAAUGGAGGACGCGUACAAAUUGGGAUUAGUUAAAAGCAUCGGGGUCUCUAAUUUCAACUCAGAACAAUUAACUCGUGUCUUAAGAGAUACUCAUAUCAAACCUGUUGUAAAUCAG